CAUGAGGGGCACGAGGAUGGUUCUGACGCUGAUAAUAUGUAUCAUAAUAUUUGUGGCGGGACGGACAAACUCACAGGAACACCUGACACAUGACACUACACUGGUGGAGCUCAACUCAGCCAACUUGUCGCAGGUAGAGAGGAUGACACCCGGUGUCAGGAACCAGCUGGUGUCACUUGCUGAGGAUAAGUGUCAUGAGCAGCCUCCAGCAUCGACAAGCAAACAUGCAGCUUCACAACAUUCAUGUACAUCACCCGCGAGCACUGACCUCGUGCACAAGCGGCCGUCAGCCAAGUUAGAGAGCGACACAUCUCCCGUAACUCUCAGAGACAAGAUUAAAAACAUCAACAAGGUUUUAUUCGAUCGUUAUGAGAAGGAAGAGACGUCAGCUGACAUGUUAGAUGCAGCAUCACUGAGCAGGAUGCUGGUGGCUGUAGUUGAGGAGGAGAUGGAGGAGUGUAAUGUGGUGGUGGCUUAUGAUGCUGCCUACAGUCAUCCAGCUGUACUGCACCGCCUGCUGCUGCUGCCUAAUGCACGACAGGUGGUGAAGGUGAACAAGACACAGGACCUGCUGGAGAUAGUGUGGGUGUCGUCAGGGUGUAGCGGCUACGUCUUCCUCCUGCAGCAGCUCGACCCGCUCCUCACCUUCGUCAACACUCACCCCAACUCCUGGGACUACCACGGCAGGUACCUGUUUGUGGUGCCCUCCAGGGACGACCUGGAGUCUCUGGCGUUAUCUGAGAAAGGCAAGAAGACUGAGCGCAUUGUUGGAGCAUUACAGUCUGGUGCCGUGGGAGAGUGGGGGGUGUACAUGAACCAGCUGUACUGGAGUCAAGGAGUAAAGCGCGUCACCACCUGGCGGGGACACAGGUUCACCUCCCAAGUGGAUCUCUUCCCUGAUAAAUUACGGGAUCUACAGGGAGCCGUGCUCAAGGCUGUAGCAUUUGAGUGGAAGCCAAGUGUGUUCUACCAGCGGGCGAAGAACGGCACUGUGCUCCUCCGCUACGGUAUAGACAUCGGUGUGGUGAAGACCUUGGCCCAGGUGCUUAACUUCACCAUUCAGUUUGAGGAACCUCCUGAAGGACAACACUGGGGCUAUAUAGUCAAUGGGAGCUGGACAGGGAUGAUGGGGAUGUUGUCGAAGAACGAAGUGGACAUGGCUAUGGUAGUCCUCUACGUGAGCGUCGAACGCACCAGCAUCCUCGACUACAGUAUGCCUUAUGACUCAGAGCUGAGCUGCUUCAUGGCGCGGACGGAACCGCCUCUCCCACGCUGGCAGGCCCUGGCUUACCCCUUCCAGGGCAUCACCUGGCUCGCUAUCUUAAUUGGUCUCAUCAUCUCUGGACCCGUCCUCUACCUCUUGGCGCGGGGCAGCGCUGUCUGCGGGGAGGAGAUGAAGAGCCUUCAGUCUCUUAGCUUCAGCUGUUACUACGCUCUGGGUCUUCACUGCUGUGAGGCUCAGGUCACGCUGCCACAGAUGAAGAGCACGAGGGUGUUCAUCAUCUUCCUGUGGCUCUACACCAUCACUAUCACUAUAGCUUACUCCACCAACCUCACCGCCUUCCUCAUGGUGAGCAAGUCUCCUGCCACCAUACAGACCAUUAAGGAACUUCACGCCUCCCGGAAGCAGGUGUCAGGCAUGGGCGAGUUCUACAAGAAUGCUCUUGCCUCUGCCAGUGAUCCCUACCUCCAGAGCUUGACGAAUGUCUAUCAGGGCUACAACAAGGAUGAGCACAUCUUCCCGGGCGUACUGGACGGGAAGGCUGUCUUCCUGCAGAACCGAGCCUACAUCGAGUACCUCGCGGCCACCAAGUUAAUCAGUCGUGGUCAGUCUAGGAUAAGAGUCAUGAAGGAAUGUUUCUCCCCGUACAACAUCGCCUUGGGUCUACAGCGUCACUCACCCAUCAAGAGGAAGUUUGAUCAAGUCAUCGGCUGGAUGCUCAACGCCGGACUCACCAGGCACUUCUUCCUCACUUCCCUCAAACUAGCAGCUAAGACAUCGCGCGAGGGGGACGAUGAGGCGGAGGCGUCUGAAGUUGUAGAGGAACGGGAGGUCGGCGUUCCUCUCAGCCUAGAUCAUCUGCAGAGCAUUUUCUACAUCAUCUUUGUGGGCUGGGUGAUAUCUUUCCUCCUUUUCCUGGUGGAGGUCUUCCUCUAGGAGAGAUGCUGGUAGCAGAACCACCUACAUAUUCCUGCUGUUUGUGUAAAACUUAAAAUAGAAUACUGUACUUGGGUAUUUGUGUCAAGAUAUGUAACAUUAAAAUUUGUACUGUGUAUUUUCAACCGUGUGUGAGGAAUAAUGGCUUGUAAUUAUUAUUCUUAGUUUAUUAUGUGAAAAAUUGCUCUUCCCUCUGUAAUUGAUUUUUUUAUUUGUAUUUACUACGAAUAAAAUAUAAUUCCAUGUAGUUACAUCCCAUGGCACACAGGCAUACAUUUGUACAUUAAAGCACACGUACAAACACAUAAUUAACUGUGCACACAAUCCAUAGAAAUGUAUGCGUACAUACACAAUAAAGGGUAGUACUGUAUUGUACUACCAAAACCACCAAACCAAUUCUACGAAGACUACCAGACAACUACCACCACAUAACUAAUACUGUACUAUCAAACCACAGCAACUAAUUGUUCCUGACUCAUUUUACGAUGACUUAAUCAUCUACUGUACAUAUUCACGUAUAAUAGCUAUAUGUAA